UGGCGGAAUUCCAGUGGAAUAGUAAUUCAUAUAGAUGCCUUAGAAAGGUUUUAUUUUCAUUCCUAAAUCGUUCAGUCAUGCAGAAGAACGUGAAAACAAAGAAUGUGUUCCUAUCUCUUGCUUUACAAAGAAUUUUACUCGAUAAAGACACAAAAAAGUCUCAUCAUUCACAACUAAAGAAAGCUUGCGAAACGGCUUUAGGCAAGUUUUUCUGGAACUCCAUUAAUGUCUGAACUGCAUUAAAUGUUUCCUGACCUUCAUGAUACUGCCAUAGAGGAAGCUGUAAGAGUUUUUGAUGGAGACAUUGAAUUGGCAGUUUCAUCAUUGUUGGAUCACAGCAAAGAAAUAUUACUUAAAGAGGAGAUGUCUAAUUAUGGUGCUGUUCAUAGCGCAGACUCAGAUUCAGAAAAUCUUCAACAGGCAACAGCAGUUCUUCAGCAAGAAGAACAAAAGAAGACAGUCAUUGAAGAGUAUCGAGAUGCUACAAUUGUCAGUGACAGUCCAGUUUUUCAAGUUUAUGUGAACCGCAUGGCAAGUGACUUUGCCAAUGAUAUUUUGGAAAUUUACAAGAAUCACAGUAGACUGGGUGUGAUUUACUGCCUGUAAAUGGUGCAAUCCUGCAUCUCAAAGUUGACAGAACAAAAGAUCGUAAUCUGCCCUCAGAAUGUAGAACUUGUUUUCAUUUGUUAAUUCUUCCAUGUUAUGAAAAUUUUGAUGAACUGAAAGCUAAACUGGAUAGAGCUUUGCAAUUUGGUUCAAGAGGAUUUACGAAUAUUUGAUCUUGGAACAGUUUAUACAUCUCUUUCAACAAUAACAUAGCUUGUUACAGCUAAUAUGGAUGAUGCACAAAUUUGAAAUAUUUUUCUUCUUUGUUUUGGAUAUCAUUUUUAUAGUUACAGACUUAAAGUAAGUAUGUUAAUGUUUCAUUAAAUUUUGUUCUGGCAGUGCAUCAGAAUUUAUGUGUUAAAAAACGUUUUCUGCCAAAAUGUUUUAAUAAUCAACAUGAUGAAAAAUUUA